AUGGCCAGCAAUAGCAGAGUGGACUCAAGUCUUCCAGCGCAACCCAAUCUGCGCUUAACUAUAAUUGCUGCCGACGGUUUAUACAAGCGUGAUGUUUUUAGAUUUCCGGAUCCCUUUGCAGUUGCGACAUUGAGUGGCGAGCAGACUAAGACUACGUCUGUUAUCAAAAGGACUCUCAACCCAUACUGGAACGAAAUCUUCGACCUGCGUGCGAACGAAGAUAGUAUAUUGGCCGUGCAGAUAUUUGAUCAGAAGAAGUUCAAGAAGAAGGACCAAGGUUUUUUGGGAGUAAUAAAUGUUCGCGUUGGAGAUGUCGUCGAUUUCUCAUCGCCUCAAGAUCAAAUGCUCACCCGAGACCUGAAGAAAUCGACAGAUAAUCUUGUGGUACACGGAAAACUUAUUAUAAAUCUUUCUACCAAUUUAGAUACCCCUCCAAGAGGAGGUAGCCUCGCCCCACCCACCAACGGCCAUUCAUCCUCAAGCAAUCGACCUCCAGCCCACACUCCGACCGGCUCCGUUUCCGGUUUCUCGAACCCUUCAUCUUCGCCAGCUCCCCAUACCCCGCAACCACAGGGAGUCGUUAUGGCUAAUGGAGCCCUCUCUAGUGGACCGACACCCGGUCAUGCACCCGCUGCUGGCAGCGGAGGAAGCAACGCCCCUACGACUACUGGAGGAGCAGGUCAUCGAAAUGGGCUAAGCUCUUUUGAGGAUGCUCAGGGUAGAUUGCCAGCUGGAUGGGAAAGGCGUGAAGAUAACUUGGGACGAACUUAUUAUGUCGACCACAACACCAGAUCUACAAGUUGGAAUCGACCAUCUGCAUCGGGGACGACGGAGACAAGACAGGACGAGAGAAAUGCUAAUACCCAGGUGGAGCGUCAAAGACAUCAAAAUCGUACUUUACCUGAAGACCGCACUGGUGCUAAUUCACCAAACUUAGCUCAGCAACAAGCUAAUGGCACUAGCACGGCGACUGCGACUACGAUGAUGGCUACUGGUGCUACAACUGCAGGAACAGGGGAGCUUCCACCACUUUGGGAACAGAGACAUACUCCAGAAGGCCGUCCUUAUUUCGUGGAUCACAACACACGAACUACGACUUGGGUGGAUCCUCGACGCCAACAAUACAUCCGCAUGUAUGGUGGUCAAAAUGCCAACAACACCAUUCAGCAACAACCAGUUUCACAACUUGGUCCUCUACCAAGUGGUUGGGAAAUGAGACUAACCAACACUGCAAGAGUCUACUUUGUGGACCACAACACCAAGACCACUACAUGGGACGAUCCUCGACUACCAUCUUCGCUGGAUCAGAACGUACCGCAAUACAAACGUGAUUUCAGAAGGAAGCUAAUCUACUUCCGUUCUCAGCCAGCGUUACGAAUUCUCUCCGGUCAAUGUCAUGUCAAGAUUCGAAGAUCACAUAUUUUCGAGGACUCCUACGCUGAAAUUAUGCGUCAAUCUGCCACCGAUCUAAAGAAACGUCUUAUGAUUAAAUUUGAUGGAGAAGAUGGUCUCGAUUAUGGUGGAUUAUCGAGAGAAUUCUUCUUCCUUCUUUCUCAUGAAAUGUUCAACCCGUUCUAUUGCUUAUUCGAAUACUCUGCUCACGACAACUAUACCCUUCAAAUCAAUCCUCACUCCGGCAUUAACCCGGAACAUCUCAACUACUUUAAGUUUAUUGGUAGAGUGGUCGGUUUGGCCAUCUUCCAUCGUCGAUUCUUGGAUGCAUUUUUCAUCGGUGCCCUAUAUAAAAUGAUGCUUAGUAAAGCAGUCUCCCUUCAAGAUAUGGAGGGUGUUGAUGCCGAUUUUCAUCGAAGUCUUCAAUGGAUGUUGGAUAAUCCAAUUGAAGGUGUUUUAGACCAGACGUUUUCCACAGAAGAUGAGCGAUUCGGUGUUACAAAUGUCGAAGAUCUUAAACCGGGUGGAAGAGAUAUUGAAGUCACGGACGAAAACAAAAAGGAGUAUGUUGAUUUGAUGGUAAAAUGGAGGAUUCAAAAGCGAAUUGAUGAGCAAUUUCAAGCUUUCAUCAAUGGUUUCCACGAGCUAAUUCCAGCCGAACUUGUUAAUGUUUUUGAUGAAAGAGAACUUGAGUUAUUGAUUGGUGGUAUUGCGGAAAUUGAUGUCGACGACUGGAAGAAGCACACAGAUUACAGAGGAUAUACGGAAUCCGAUGAGGUUAUUAAAUUUUUCUGGCAAACAAUCCGAAGUUGGGAUGGAGAACAAAAAUCCCGCCUUCUUCAAUUUGCAACUGGUACAUCUCGUAUUCCCGUCAAUGGAUUCAAAGAUCUUCAGGGAAGUGAUGGGCCGAGAAGGUUCACAAUUGAAAAGCAAGGAGAGCCCAAUAAUCUACCAAAAUCCCACACAUGUUUCAACCGACUGGAUCUUCCACCUUAUAAAACCCUCGAGCAGUUGCAAACGAAAUUGACGAUGGCAGUAGAAGAGACGAUGGGAUUCGGACAGGAGUGA